AAAACUGUUUAUGAACUGGCAUCUCUUCUUGGAAAUGUAAAGCAAGAACUCUUUUUAAGUGGUAUAUUUUUUUAGGAAAUGCCACACCAUACAGACAUAGACUUUUGAUUAUAGUUUCUUUUAUUUUCCUGGAAAAUCACAGACACUUCGGCCAGAACCUCAGCUCCUUCUCCCCUUAAAAAAAAAAAAUCCCCUGUUUGAAAAAAAAAAAAAAACCCCAACAAAAAAAGCACAAUUAAAAUGAGUUCUUAUUUUGUUAAUUCACUUUUUUCCAAAUACAAAACAGGGGAGUCUUUGCGCCCCAAUUACUAUGAUUGUGGCUUUGCACAGGAUCUGGGAGGCAGACCCACAGUGGUGUAUGGACCUAGUGCUGGAGGAACCUUUCAGCAUCCCAGCCAGAUCCAGGAGUUUUACCACGGAACCUCCUCGCUCUCCUCGCCCCCCUACCAGCAGAACCCGUGCGCGGUAACUUGCCAUGGGGACCCCAGCACCUUCUAUGGAUACGACCCCUUGCAAAGGCAGAGCCUGUUCAGCAGCCAGGACUCGGAUCUAGUGCAAUACACCGACUGUAAACUGGCCUCGGCUGGCCUGGGCGAGGAGGCAGAGAGCUCUGAGCAGAGCCCAUCUCCUACACAGCUCUUCCCAUGGAUGAGACCACAAGCAGCCGCCGGACGAAGAAGAGGGAGACAGACCUACAGCCGCUACCAGACCCUGGAGUUGGAGAAAGAAUUCCUCUUUAACCCCUACCUGACUCGCAAGCGGAGGAUCGAGGUGUCUCAUGCCCUGGGACUCACAGAGAGACAGGUCAAAAUCUGGUUCCAGAACAGGAGGAUGAAGUGGAAAAAGGAAAACAAUAAGGACAAGUUCCCCAGCAGCAAAUGUGAGCAGGAAGAACUGGAAAAACAGAAAAUGGAAAGAGCUCAGGAGACUGAGGAGGGACUGGAUGGACAAAAAGGGGAAAAAUCUAAUUAAUGUGGAAUAAUGAUGCUAGUAGCACCCAGGCUUGUGGACUGCAAGUCACUACCUUCCAGGAGAUUCCAAGCAAGAGAAAUGCAGAAGGGGGGUUGGUUGGGGGGGUUGCUGUAAGAUAUGUAGCUGUAUCCCCUCUAUGUAACCCCCUCACCAAAC